AUGCCCGUCUUCGACGCCAGGGACAUCAUCUCCUGGGCGCCCGGCGACAACUCCACAGACACCGUCAUCGGGGACAUCCACUUCAACCUGACCGCCCUAGAGCACUGGAACUUCACCCUCUAUUCCAACGGCACCCUGUCCAAUGGCUCCCGCUGCUUGCUCACCUUCGGCGACUACACCCCCAAGUAUGUCUUUCCCAACGGCACGUUCCUCAACACCACCUCGUGCUACUCGCCCAUCAUGCCCAUAUCCGCCAGGGGCUACAUUAGCAUUGGUCUUUCCGUCGUCUACGGCCUCGCCUUGAUGUUCACCUUCAUCUGCCUAAAGAAGCACGGCAGCAUGUACCUGCCCACCGAGAAGCGCUUCAGGCCCGUCGGCAGGAGGUGGCAGUGGUACUGGAUGAUCGCAAUGUGUGCCACCGGCUUCAUUAGCCUCGUCACAAACAUCGACGUAGACCGCUACUACCUCCCCGAGAUACCCAUCGUCCUCACCUCCUUUUUCUGGUUCCUCAUGAACCUGUGUACAAUGGCUGCCGUGUGGGAGGCCGUCCGGCACUGGGGCAGCUGGCAGGAGAGGCAGUAUAUCGACCCGGACCCCUUCCGCCUAAAGAUGGACGACAAGAGGGCAAAGUUCGAGUUCUGGGUGCCCCUCUUCUUCUACCUCUGGUGGUGGCUCGAUUUCUUCAUGGGUAUCCCUCGCAACUGGGGCAGCCUGGAACUGCAGCGCUCGGCCGAGCAGACCCGGCUCAGGGCCGCCCCCGGAGCAACGGACAACAGGCUCAAGGCCGCUGCCUUCCUGCUGCUCAUGUGCUGGCUGACUAUCGUCUACUACCUUCGUCAUUCCAUCAAGCAUUACAAGGAGCGCAACAGGGGCAUCUUCAACCGCGCCAUCGGCUUCGUCAGGUUCACCCCUUACCGCUUCAUGCUCAUUCUUCCCCUCGCCCUGUCCGUCGUCGCCUACCAGGCACUUAGCGCGUGGGAGUUCCAGUACUCGGUCAUGGACAUCACAGGGGACAAUGUCGCUACCUUUGUCGGUGGAUACGUCCCGGCUCUGUUGAUUCUGUUCGUACAAAUCGUUGCUGGCUUCCUCAACCCCAACGAGGACCGAGAACUCAUCCGCCAGCGCCGAAUCCGCGGUGCCCAGGCAGACCACGAGCUGGGCGUCGUCCGGAAGCCUGCUUGGUGGAGGCGGGUCAACGGUCAAGUGCGCGACGGCGAGACCAUGCGCGAGCGUAUUGCACGGAAUGUGCGCGAGGUCGGCGGAGGCCGAGCCACGGCCAAGAAUAUCGAUGAGAUGCAUGAGGUUCGCACGAGGGAGGCAGAAUCCGCCAAUGCUCCGACAGAUAUCGAGGCAGGCCAAGUCCGCCGGACAACCUCUAACGCCGGCGGUGUUGGUGCAGCACGACCGACGCCAGGCGUCACCACCUACUCCGGCAACAAUGAUCGGCGCCGAUCAGAACAGGCCAUGCAGGCCGUUGCGGGCCUGCUCUUCCCCAACACCGGUAACGCGCAGGCCUUCGCUGACCGCGUGAGCUACCUCUCCACCGACGGACCACCUCCGCCAUACCCGGAUCCACCACAACAGCAGCAGGAACGGGGUCGCCAGCGCAGUGACGAAUCAGUUGUGAAUGGGACCCCAGCUGCAAGGCCUGCUACUGGCGCAAGGAGCACCAGCGCCAACACAAGUAAUUCCCUCGCGUCGCCACCGCAGCAGAUCAAGAGCAUGUUGGAUGUAUAG